AUGGAGGGGUUUUAUGAAAAAGAGAUUUUGACUAUUAGGGAGAAGUUCUACGAGAACGUCCCUUUUGCCCUCACAUCCGCUGAGAAACUUCCUUUCUGGUGCCCCGAGCUCUGCGCAGGAGCCACUAGGAAGCGCAACAGCAAAGGGCAGGAGCAGAGCUGGCCCCCUGCAGGGCCACAGCAAUGGUGGCGCCUAGGCGGUCUGCUCAGUAUGGAAGAUGAGCACUCCAGAAAAGGAGCACAGACCCUGAGCACAGGAGCACUGACUGUCCCUGACGAGGCCCUCCCGGUGACGCGGAGGAUGGCAGCGGGCCUGGGAGGAGAGUCCGUGGGUCGUAGAAAAUCGUAUUAUGCAUGCCGUCGCGUUAGCCUGAGAGACAACAUGAAACGCCUUAUAACACCUUCCAUUCUUGUGACCAUCUUUCUAGUUCCAUCUCUGGCCCUCAUGAACACCAGUGACAGCCAUUCUUUGGUUGGCUCUGUGGGGACACAGACCAUCCGUGUUGAUGCCUCUCAACGUAUGGUCAGCAUCCAAGACAACAACGUUUUGAGUGAAUGGAAUGGAAUCAUGGACUACAGGAAUGCCCUCCUGGCGGCUAAGCUGUUUAAUAAGAUGGCCUGUGUCCUGGCCAAGAUGGAGCCCGCGGCCUUCCCAAGUUUGGAUGAGAUCACCCAGGCCCUGGGCGAACAGGCUUCCGGUCACUACCCACCCACCCGCGGACUGACCUACACGGUUUUACCCAGCCGAGUCAAAAAUCUGGCCCAAUACGGAGUGGCGGUCAAGGACCUGUGCCGAGCGGUGCCCGCCUACUUCGCUCGGCAGCAAAAAGAAGGCACAGCCCUGGCGAUUGACCCAGACUCCUGUUCUGAGCUCCAGCUUCUGUCCUUCAUGGGACUGUCCAUCUGUGGUGAGAUCCCUGGCCUCUGA